GUAAAUCUCGACAGUAAUACCCCGCCAAUAAUUCACGGUACCUCGUAAAAAGUCGACAUUAAAGCGCCCCGGGCCUACAAAUCACUGGCGCCAAAUUAUGAGUUCGCUCGCCAACGCGCUGUUUUCCAAAUACCAACAAGCCGCUACGAGCUGCUCGGCUCUGCUCCUCACAGACUCUCCAACUUCUCCCUUUCCGCCUUCCUCUGCUGCUCCUGGCGUGUCUUCUUCGUGCGCCCUCGAAUCCAGCAAAUAUCACCUCCAUGUCUCCGGUGGGAGAGGCAGCGGAGGGCCCCCUUUCCCUCCCUCCUCCGCUUCUUCAUCAUCGUUCUGUAUGUCACUUUCGGGAUUGAACCGGAGCAGUGGGAGUACUCAGCCCGGUGCCCAUCCUUUCAAUCCCUCUGAAGUGCUCACAGGAGGGGCUUAUUGCGCGACGGGAGCCGGGCCCAUGUGCUCCUCUCUACAGGGGUGCGCCGCGGAGCAGCUCCCCGGUCGGCCUCAGUUCUGCUCUUUGGCCGCCAGGUUCCCUGAGCCGGACUGCAGCAGACAGAGUAACCCGGGGCAGCAGCAGCGGCACUUAAACGAGCAGGGGCUUCGGAUUUACCCCUGGAUGAGAAGCUCAGGUGAGGAGAGAGGAGGUGCCGACAGAAGGCGGGGUCGACAGACGUACACGCGCCACCAGACCCUCGAGCUGGAGAAGGAGUUCCACUUCAACCGGUACCUCACGCGGCGGCGGCGGAUCGAGAUCGCGCACACACUCUGCCUCACGGAGCGGCAGAUCAAGAUCUGGUUCCAGAACCGUAGGAUGAAGUGGAAGAAGGAGAACAGGGUGGCCGGGAGCGGCUCCCCUACAGCAGCUUUACCGACUGCUGAAGAAGAAGACGAGGACAAGGGCUAACACGUGACAGAUUAAACACAGUUGGUUUUCAGGUUUUAAUUCUUGAACUACAUUUUCAUUAGUGCUGUAGGGGUACCUGAAAUAAAAAGUGACCUUUGCCCUGCAGUCAGGUUAUUGCCUACAGCAAACAACUGCCAGUAGGAGCAAAAUGCAUUUUAAAUUACAAUUUGUUUUUUUAUGAGCAAAACACAUGUAACUUACAUCAGUUUACAGUUAAAUUCAUGUAUUUCAGAUUACAAAAAGGCAGCCUAGUCUGCAAAUAAUACAAGGAGGUUAAACUACUAACUACUAACCACCAUGUAAACAUCAUAUUUUAGUCAUGAUCAGGAUGUUUUUAGCUCCUCUUGUCUCUUAAACAUGUGGAGAAGUGACAGUAGGGAGACAAAUUCAGGGUCCUACUUUAAAGAAACAUCUUCAGCAAUAAAAAUUAAAUCAUAUUCAUGCGGGGUUCUUCUUAAAGGACCAAUUUCUGGUCCACUCCACAGGAGGUGAUCUCCUGCAGAAAGGGACAAAAUAGUUAAAUCAGUGAAACCGCAGCAGUUAUGAUUUAUGUGGAUACAAAGCUUAUUGUUAUAAUUCCUACACAGCAAGGCUAGUGACACAAGUGAAAUAAAUUAGCAAUGUGCUAUGCUAUUAAAAUAUUAGACUUAAACUGCUGUUUACCAGGAUUUUAGAGGUCAGGAGACCUGAUUCCCCCUGCAGAUCCCCACCCAUUUCAGAAUUUUCUUUUUGCCUGGCAACGAACCAAAUUCUGCCCAAUUUUCUGAAAAGGUGAGUUGAACAAAUCACAAAAUGUCACGUUUUAUUCCUUUAACUGAAAUCUCCCUUGAGGUCCAGAUUUUUAGAGCAUUUGUACAGGCAUGUAUUUCUAGUGGAGAACUUUUUUUUCUUGCGUUUUCUUUACUUUUCGUAAUCCACUAGAAAAAAAGUCAACAGAAUUGUUGUCGCUCAGGACCUUGUUGUCAUCAAUAUUAGUUAAAGAAAGACUGUGGGGGGGCUGCUGAUAGUGUUGCUAUACCUGAUUAUAUUUCAUUUAUAAGGCUGCUAACACACAAGGUAUAUACAGUGAGUACAGAGUUAAACUCUGUCUAAUGAAAUAAUUAAUAUCAGCAUGGUUUAAGUAGCCCUAAACAACUGUGAGGAGACAUUUCAUGAAAUCAUACACUUAAGAACACAAAAUUAAAAGGGAUAUAAGAAAGUCAGAGUUUCAUUCUGCAUGCCUCUUUAAGCUAUUUCCUGUAUUAUAAGCUUUUAAAAUUAAUUAUAGGCUUUUUUUCUGUAUUUGCACCAGUGCUUUCAUAUUGUGUGAGCUAUACAUGUUCAGAUUAAAACGCACUUUUCUUGUAUGUAAAUAAUAAAUAAAUAUAGUGGACUGCA